AUGCGGUUCCUGGCAAAUCCGCUCUACUACCCUAGCAGGGAACCCUGGAAAGUGCGUGAUGAAGCCAGGCUAUUCCUCGCCCCAUUUCCUCAAAAAAUUGAAUCCCGGGAUUCCAACGAAGAGACUGAGCCUGAAGUGCCAAGCGCCCCCGUCGAGGAGGCAGAGCCUCAGGCGACCGAGCCUCAAGAGCCGCCCAUUCACAGAUCCAACCCGAGCAGACCCAUGAAUCCCGCCGAUUCGGAUGAUAGCUCGGAGAUCAGUGAUAGCUCAGACGACUCCUCUGUCCGCUCCUUCAUCUUUCGGUAUCCACCAUCACCUCUCAACGACCUUGAGACAGCUCGAACUGCACAUGGGAUUCUCGCCACCCUGGCGCCGAUACUAAAGACAUUAAUCAUCGACAUGCCGCUACGAUCUCUCCAUCCUCCUGCUGACGAAAAAGGCAUCCGCAGAAUUCUAAGACGAGGGUUCGAAGCCUUGGUUAACUUAGAGGAAUUUGUCAGCGUCCAUGAUGACCUUUUCCUCGACGCCACAUUGGAUCCUGAAAUGGAAGAAAACGUCUGGUCCACGUGCUGGCCAAAGUUGCGCCGUCUUUGUCUCUUCGGCCAGGAGGUUGAUGAGAAACUUUGGGCCACCAUGGCUCAUCAUCGUCACUUGGAAACUGUCGUCCUUUCAGGGCCAACUCCGCAUUACUACCAGGCGCCUGUAUGGGACAUAAAGGGACUCUGGUUCGAGAACUUACCCGGAAAACGAAGAUACCCACGGAAGCUUUCCUUGGUCUUAGUUAAUUGCAUUGGUAAAGAGGCUGAUUUGAGAAGGUUUGCUGCUUCAUGGAAGAAGCUUGACCCCAAAAACCGACUAAAUAUUCGGAAUUUCACGCUUCAAGCACCCCUUGUCAAGGCCUACGACGGGGCUAUCGAGACAUGGCCUCUUCUUGCAGCAGACCUUUGUCAGUACUGGAUCGCGGAAAAGGCGCUCGAUGGCGGACUGUGGGAUGUCGUUCGGAAGAAACACGAAGCAUGGCUGAGGGAUCCUGGCCCUCUCAAGCCACGUGCUCAAUAUUAUUAG